GUGUUGAAUUUCGAUAUUAAUAUCUUUUGCAUAAUCUACUCUCUUGGAAACCACAAGCAAGAACGCUUGCUAUGUAUGCAUUUACCCGCAGCACCGGCUAUGGUGUCGCCUCACACCCGAGUUUCGUUCGCUGAGAGCGAAUGAAUAUUUGUGAUUCAAGGUUGGUUGAUAAAACUUGCUGACCACCCAAUCAUGGGCUGGAACGUGUGGGACUGAACCACAUUUGAUCACUACUACAUUACCGUUAUGGCAAUCAAGUCUAUCUGAGCCUCAAUCUUCAAGUUUUCGGGGUUUUGCUCUUUAUUCUCGGUUUACAUUGCUUUCGGAUGAACGCACGCAUUAGUGGUAUUGAAUACCUGUAUUGCGCUUGAGCAUUGCGAAAUCCGAAAAAAUAACUUGAACACAUUUGAUACUACCGAUAGAUCAUAAUAAUUGGAACUUAAUUCUCCUAUAAGCUCUGAUCGUCUGCGGUCUUGUUCUGGCCUUCUGCUGGACGAUCUAAUAUAUGAAUUGCUAGCAGUAUUCAUCGGGUAACGUUGAUUCAAAGCGAAAUGGACCAGCUGCGAAAACAUCGGACGAGCAGUCAUAGCUUGAAUUACAUCGACCGAGCUUUCAAAGGGGUAUCGUUUCGCCAUAGUAGCAAAGCAUCCCGUGAGGUAGCGACUGACCUGAAGGGUCCCCUGGGACUCAAUCUACUUCAUGCACCUUCAGAGCCGCUAAUAGAUUUCAUAUUUGUCCAUGGGUUGGGAGGCGGAUCUAGGAAAACGUGGUCGAAAUCAGAGGACGCAUAUCAUUACUGGCCCAAAGAAUGGCUACCUCAAGAUCCGGACUUCAAAAAUGUCAGAAUCUUUUCAUUUGGAUACAGAGCAGAUUGGGUAGGCAGGAGCAAGGAUGUGCUUGAUAUUGGCGAUUUCGCGCAAUCUCUAUUAGGGGAAAUCAACACAUGUCCAGAAAUUCGCCGAAGCAAGACAAAAAUUGUUCUUAUUGGUCACAGCAUGGGUGGCUUGGUUAUAAAGAAGGCAUAUUUAAUGGCUGUAGAGGAUCCGGCGAUGCGUGAUCUUGUCCAGCGAGUUGACACCAUGUAUUUUCUGGCGACUCCACACCGAGGAUCGAAUCUUGCCACGACACUCAACAAUAUAUUGCGAGUAUCGUUUGGAACCAAGCAAUUUACGAUCGACUUGGAGAUGAAUAGUAAGAUGAUAGCCACUAUCAAUCAAAGCUUCCGUCAUUACUCUGAAAACUUGCAUAUAUGGUCCUUUUAUGAGACUCGAGAGACAAGUUUUAUAAAUGCAAGAAUCGUCGAGAAGGAAUCUGCAACGCUGGAAUGGCCAAAGGAAAAAAUUGCUUACAUUGAUGCUGAUCAUCGAGGAGUAUGCAAGUUUGAUUUGCCUUCAGAUCCCAAUUUCAAGACCCUCAAGAAUGCUUUUAGUUCAACUGUCGACCAUGCCACGGCGGAGAUUUUAAAGAUUCAGUUUGAGACUACAUCAGCCGAGAGGCACUCCCUUCAUGGCCUGUUGGGCAUCCACAAUGUGCCAGAAGACGAUCUAAUGGCGGCACGCGAUGCAAAGGUUGAAGGGUCGUGCAAGUGGCUGAUCAUGACUCCAAAGUUUACCAGCUGGCAAGAUCCUGCUUCAGACACACCUUCAGUCUUUUGGCUGAGUGGAAAUCCUGCGUCGGGAAAAUCAAUCCUUGCUGGGCAUGUUAUUGAUCAUUUGUAUCAAAGUAAUCUAGCAUGUAGCUACUUUUUCUUUAAGGAUGAAGUUGCUGCUAGUUCAUCGAUUGGCUAUUGUUUGCUUACUUUUGCGUACCAAAUGGCUUUGCAUAGUCCUGAGAUUCGCAGGCUUCUUUUAGAAAUGGAGUCAAACGGCACUACGAUCAAUAACAGUGACGGGAUUGUGAUUUGGAACAAGCUGUUCGUUAAUGGGAUUCUCCAACUUACGAUGAAGGUGCACCAAUAUUGGGUUCUCGAUGCACUCGAUGAGUGUGCUUGUUCCCAAGCUCUCUUUCCUAUGUUAAUCAAGCUCGUCAAUUCUCCAAGAUCUCGGCUUCGUAUUUUUAUUACAAGUCGUCAUAGCCAGGCUUUAGAUAAAGGAUUUCUCGGUUUUGGUAAAAAUUUAAUCAGCCAGGAAAUCUGUGCAUCAGAUACUAUGGGAGAUAUCAGACUAUUUAUGGAGGCUCAUAUGGAUAGCCUUCCUUUAGAUACAGUCCAAAAACAGGAGGAGUUGACCGAACGAAUACUGGCCAGGUCUUCUGGGUCUUUUCUUUGGGUGCGACUUGUUAUGCAAGAGCUCUCUGAAAUCUACACCGAAGAAGAUAUUGAGACUGUUCUCUUAGAUAUACCGGCCGAUAUGAAUCAAUUCUAUACCAAAAUUCUGGAGAAUUUGUCAAACGAUCGGAGAGGGGCCAAAUUGGCCAAGGUCAUCUUCACGUGGAUUGUUUGCUCCUAUCGGCCGUUGACUGUUACUGAAAUGCAAUGCGCUCUGAAGCUAGAUUCUAAUAGCACAGUCAACAAUUUACGAAGAGACAUAAGCUCUAUCUGCGGACAGCUUGUGUUCGUCGAUCAACAAUCACGUAUACACCUAAUUCAUCAAAGUGCCAAAGACUUUCUCCUACAGAAAGACCUCUGUUACAACUUCUUUGUAGAUAGAAGAGAAGGACAUUAUCGACUCGCUUCUCUGUUCCUCGUCGUGUUAAGUAAAGGUCAUUUACGGGCCUUUCGACUGAAACGAUUCGAAAUAUCGACAUCGUCGGCAAAUGACGAAGCCCUACUACUUGAAUAUGCUUACACUUUCUUCUCUGAGCAUCUAUAUCAAUCUUCGUCUUCGUGUGCCGAGCUUUUUCAGAAACUCUACAAAUUCCUCGAUACGAACAUUUUAUGGUGGAUUGAGACUGUUGCAAGGAUAGGGAAGGUCGACUACAUAAGCCGCGCUGCUAAGAAUAUGAAAGCUUACCUCGAUCGCCGUCAGAUGCAUUUACCUCCUAUGGGUAAUAAUCUCCGUGAGGUGGAAUCCUGGAUCACGGAUAUUAUUCGUAUCGGCACAAAAUUUCGAAACGUUCUUCUAGCAUCGCCUUCGUCAAUUCAUAGCCAAAUACCAGCGAUGUGCCCGUCACAAUCAAUCAUUGUUACAAAGAAUAAGCAGCUGAAGCAAAGCUUGAAAGUGUUAGGGCUAUCUAUGGGGAUUUGGGAUGACUGCUUGACCCAAAUCGACUAUAGGGGACAGGGCCUACAAGCUAUCACACUUACACACGGAGAACAUACAUUUGCUGUGGGGUUAUCCGGCGGCCAAAUAAUAGUGUAUGACAGUGCAACAACUCAAGUUAAAUAUGCCUUCGAUCAUCGGGAGAAAGUGAAGCUCCUCGCAUUUGGAACUAAAGAUAAAUUGCUUGCAUCCGCUGGAAUACGCUCGAUCCGAAUUUGGGAUCUCGAAACAGGUGGCAUGAGGUGCUCAUUCCAACUUGGUUGUCGAACAAUGGCCCUUAGAUUUACCCCCGAAAACGAUAGGUUGAUUGUGGCAACAUCCGAGAAUUUUGUUUCUUGGUUUGAUAUAUCAAAAGAGGAGGAAAAGGAUCGUAUAUUUUGGCAUGAAACUCAUCGUGACAGGAAAGAGAUAAUUCAACAACCGCCAAUCGAGGUUCUCAUCGUACCGGGCCUAGAGAUGAUAGCAAUUAGUUCCAGGGCAAGUCCUAUACUUCUUUUUGAUUUGUUUAACGAAGUGAUUUGUGGUGAACUUGUUCGAGAUCGAGGGCUCAUGGAAAGUGUGGGUGGUACUUACUAUCACGCAUCGGCCAUGGCUUUCAAUCCGAAUCCCGAUAUCAACUUACUCGUCAUCUCUUAUGGCGAUGGAGAGCUUGUUUUCUUUGACCCAAUAACGACCGAGCUCAAGCAUCGUAUCCCAGAAAUCAAUGCCCAAGCGUUAGCCUGCUCACCCGAUGGCAGAACGUUGGCAACAGGUAGUCCUUUUGGCACGAUUCAGCUCUAUGAAUUUGAUGACUCGGAAGAUGCGAAUUUAUCUCUGAUAUACCGAAUAAAUGCAUACGACGAAGGGAUUCGAUCGCUAGUAUUUAGUGGUGAUGGCUUGCGUUUCAUUGACAUUCGCGGCUCUCAUUGCAGAGUAUGGGAACCCGCUGCACUUGUGAGAAAGUCGUCUGAUGACGGCAGCAGCAGCGACAUCAGUGCGCCAACAAGAGCGGUAGUUCAGACCGUGGGAAUGAUCGAAGGAAUUUUGAAGCCUGAUAUAACAGCAAUCGCAGUAGAUUUGAGUGGAGAGUGGGUUUUUUGUGGUAGACAAGAUGGCUCUGUUGCUGUCUACAGUACGCACGAUGGUCUCGAAAACACAAGUCUCUACCAGCAUGCUAGGAAUAUUUCAAUCAAUAGGAUUGUGUGGGGAGAUAAUACUUGCAUUAUAGCCACAGCGGACGAGUCUGGUCGUAUGUUUAUACAAAGACUCGUAAAUUCUAGCAAUAUGUGGUCACUGGCUGAGACAAUUUUCGACUACCGCUUCCCUGAUGCUGUCACAGGGCUAUUAUUCAAUCCUGACAACAAUGUCCUUCUCAUUACCACUGCCAGUUUCAGGUACCUAUGGACAAGAGAAAGUGGAGAUAUUCAACAACGUGUGCCGACUGGCCACAGUCUCGAAAAUUACAAGAUAAAUACCCAUGCCCAAAUACCGGAUGCAUUCAUUGCCUUUUAUCCCGAUUGUGCCCGAAUAUUUGAAUGGGGAACUUUGAAAGAACUAUCAGGGCCUGAUGGCAUCAAUCUUGACGUCCCUGAUUUGGCGUCACCCCCUGUGACAAUAACCGAGUCGGUCGAAAGCCAAUAUACUAUGGUCACACUGACGAAAAGUCGAUUUGAACAGACACCUUCUCAACUUCGAUGUUGGGACACGUCUACUAUUGACCGCCACUCGACUACUAUAAAAGCAUUCACUGGUCUUGAAUCUCUUGGCCCAUUCAUCUACCACAUCAUUGGCUUGAGCGGUACAAAUUUGUUCUUCUUGGCAACUGAUCUUUGGGUCUGUAGUCUAAAUAUAGAGAAUUUCUGGUUAUCCCCGGAUGUUAAACGUCAUUUCUUUAUCCCGGCCGAUUGGAUUCAUCCUACAGACGAAAUGCAAUUUUACAUGUCAGCCAAGGACGAAUUUAUCUUUGUAAAGAAAAAUGAACUAGCAAUUAUCAAACGAGGAUUAGAUUCACCGCAAUUGAUAAGACCACUUCAGUUUCUACCAGAAAAGAAACUGUUCGGGGCAUGCUAUACUGGAGCUUAGAUAUUUCAAUCGGAUUAUGAAGAUAUUGACAAGACAACAUUUCGAUUUUUGUGUAAAAUCUCAAACGCAGGAAUAGAAAAUACAUGUCUUGGGCGGACUAGAAUUGUCUACGACGAGGAAUGGUGUGAAACUGAGGCACGGGAACUUGUGCUAUGAAACUCUGAUCAGACUAGAGAACAACCGCGAGCAAGAGUACCAAACAACAACGGUAGUGCUAAAUACUCGGAGGAUUCAUAUAGUUUCUACAAGAAUACAGAAGAGAUGACCAGUUAACAAUUUCAACGUAAAGCCUUCGCAUUUAAACUCCUCGAUCUGAGAGUCGACGGACCAUCCGCUUAAUAUACACACCUUGAGGCCUGAUGUAUACUUCAACUAUACCUAUCCAUUGUCUGACUGAAGCUUUAACAUCAGCGUGCUAUCUAUCAUCUGAUGGUCUGAAAGAUAUCCAGCUUGUGUUUGUGAUACUGGAUUUAUAUUUCCUAGGAAAUGGCAGAUGGGGGUUGAUUGUGUGCGUUGGAGCCGGGUAACAAUCAUAUGGCGUGCGAGUCGACCUUAAUGAAUAGGGGAAGAAUAUGAGACGACAAGGCAGAAGGGAACUAUGUUAGUAUCGUAUCUUGUACGAUUUGAAACUGGGCAGCAUAAAUAAUGAGUUGAAUUGAAAUCUUACUUAAGUUAAUCAUACAUCGAAACAAGACGAACUGCUCUGAGAACAGAUCAGUAGUAAUCAGACUGGAAUGUUCAAGUACUCAUUAUCAGGACUCCUAAUAGCAAUAUAUCAUUUGAACGCAGUGGUAUUGGAACUGAAUUAUGACUGACGGUGAUCUCAGCCCUGAGAUGUCUAUGCAAUAAGACCUGCACGACAAUAUAUAAAUUUCUAUCCCAGCUAGCUUUCAAGAAUUGACCUCCAGCAUAACUCAGAAUCUCACUUGUCUUGUGGUACCAUAACAGCAACAAUCAUUUACAACCACCAAAGCAGCUGCACUUCUCUCUACAUAGCAUCGAUUCCACGCCUCGAGAACACACCUUCAACAGAUAACUCCAACUUCAUCUCAUCACUUGAUGACCAUCGACAAACUUCCCAUCUACCUGCACAUGAGCUGGAAUCGUACAAUAUCCCAACAUCCCACCUCCCACAGCAAAACCCACAGCACAUCUACAUUCUACCUUCAUAUUUCUACAAACCGCACUGUUCUCCAACAACAAACAUCCCAAACGCCCGUUUGGCUUAGCGGUAAAGCGCAUCACUAGUACCUGUACAUGAUGAGAUCCUAGGUUCGAUUCCUAGAACGGGCAUUCAACAACCAAUCCCAAUUGAUCUUUUUGCCAAAUCGAACUAUUUUGCUCGAAUUAUAUCUAUCGAAUUCCUCAACAAACACUUGUUUGUUUGUUUUCAAGCAAGCACGCAAGCUAGACAAUUCGAAAAAACCAAGGGACUCAAAAUAAUAGGUGUCCUAAAGCCAAAUUUUAAAUAAAUGGAUUGUGAGUGGGUAAUGAGUGGAUAUGGAUAGGGAUAGGUGGUGGGUGGGUUGGCGAUGGAUAAUUUAGGGCUGUGGGGUGGAUAUGUGUAGGGUAGUCCGAGCGGUGAGAAUUUUGUGCCUCGUGGUGGGUUGGUAGGGUUGUUGUGUGUGCAUUGAGUUUUUGCUUCGUAGAAUUAUUUAUGUUUUUUGGUUUAUUCAGGAUGGAUGAAUGAAUAAAUGAUACGGUAAUUGUAGAAAUAUUGAUUAAUA